GGGACCAAAAUAAAAGUUACAAUCUAAACGCUACUUCCGGAGGAAGUAAAGAGUCAGCUGCUUACCGUUAUCGAAGUACUUUAGGUUCGGUCAUAAGACCAACAUAUAUUUUAAAGGCGAUUAAAGGCAUUCCACCUGCUUGCCAUCAUCGCUAUUCAGCCGGAGUGCAGCGUAAUCGCAACUUGGAAAUAUGAACACGGAAAAGGACUUUUCCCCUUUGACGCCCAAUAUAGUCAGAGCACUGAAUGAUAAACUGUAUGAAAAGAGGAAAGUCGCCGCAUUAGAGAUCGAAAAGCUGGUCCGUGAGUUUGUGGCCCAGAACAACUCGACUCAGAUCAGGCACGUGAUCCAAAUACUAGCCUCGGAGUUUGCACUGUCACAGCAUCCUCACAGUCGCAAAGGAGGUCUCAUUGGGCUGGCAGCCUGCUCCAUUGCUCUCGGUAAGGACUCGGGUCUGUAUUUGAAGGAACUGAUUGAACCCGUGCUGACAUGCUUCAAUGAUUCCGACAGUCGUCUGCGAUACUAUGCCUGCGAGGCCCUUUACAACAUUGUCAAGGUAGCGAGAGGAGCUGUACUGCCUCAUUUUAACCUGCUUUUUGAUGGCCUGAGCAAACUGGCAGCGGAUCCCGACCCCAAUGUGAAGAGUGGAUCUGAACUCCUGGAUAGAUUGCUAAAGGAUAUAGUGACGGAGAGUAACAAAUUUGACUUAGUAGCGUUUGUACCACUUUUGAGAGAGAGGAUCUACUCCAACAACCAAUAUGCACGUCAAUUCAUAAUUUCUUGGAUACUGGUCCUGGAGUCUGUGCCAGAUAUCCACCUCUUGGAUUACCUCCCAGAGAUCCUCGACGGGUUGUUCCAGAUCCUGGGAGACAACAGCAAGGAGAUCCGGCGGAUGUGUGAGAUGGUCCUUGGGGAGUUCCUCAAAGAGAUCAAGAAGACCCCAUCCAGUGUCAAAUUUGCUGAGAUGGCCAAUAUUCUGGUGAUCCACUGCCAGGUCGUCGACGAGACCAAAAUCACCAACGACCUGAUCCAGCUGACGUCCAUGACCUGGAUGAGGGAGUUCAUCACGCUCUCAGGGAGGGUGCUGCUCCCGUACUCCUCCGGCAUCCUCACGGCGGUGCUGCCCUGCCUCUCCUACGACGACCGCAAGAAGUCCACCAAAGAGGCGGCGAGUGCCUGCAACCACAGCCUCAUGAAGCUGAUCACCCCGGAGGAUGACGAGGAGGAGGAGGAGGAGGAGGAGGAAGAGGAGAACAAGACGGCCACUGGAUCGCCGCCGCACAAGGACCAGCCCAAGGCAGAGGGGGACAGCAGCGACCUGCUGGACGCCUCCCAGGAAUCCGGAGCCCUCAGUAGCAUCAGCUUCUUCUCCCAGACGAGCACCGACCGGCCUCACGUAUCCCUGGACCUGGACGGCAUCGUUCAGGUGCUGGACCGCCACCUCCACGACUCCUCCACCGGCAUGAUGACGCGGAUCGCCGUGUUAAAAUGGCUGUACCACCUGUACAUCAAGACGCCGAGGAAGAUGUUCCGGCACACGGACAGCCUGUUCCCCAUGCUGCUGAAGACCCUGUCGGACGAGUCGGACGAGGUCAUCCUGAAGGACCUGGAGGUGCUGGCGGAGAUCGCCUCGUCCCCCGCCGGUCAGGCGGACUCGUCGGCUUCUUGUGACGGCGGUGAUCAGCGGCUGGAGCUCAGGGUGCCCUCGGCGGCGGCGGCGGGGGCCACGCCGGGAUACCUCACGCCCAGCGGGGGCUCCAAAGCGGUGGACGCGUCGCCGUCCACCCCCAGCAUGAACUCCUACUUCUACAAGUUCAUGAUCAACCUGCUGCGGCGCUUCAGCCUGGAGAGGAAGCUCCUGGAGAACCGGGGCGGCUUCAUCAUCCGGCAGCUGUGUCUGCUGCUCCACGCCGAGAACAUCUUCCACUCCAUGGCGGACAUCCUGCUGAAGGAGGAGGACCUGAAGUUCGCCUCCACCAUGGUGCAGACGCUCAACACCAUCCUGCUGACCUCGGCCGAGCUCUUCCAGCUCCGCAACCAGCUCAAGGACCUGCACACCCAGGAGAGCUGCGCCCUGUUCUGCUGCCUGUACCGGUCCUGGUGCCACAACCCGGUGGCCACGGUGUCGCUGUGCUUCCUCACGCAGAACUACCGGCACGCCUACGACCUCAUCCAGAAGUUCGGCGACCUGGAGGUGUCUGUGGACUUCCUGAUGGAGGUGGACAAGCUGGUGCAGCUCAUCGAGAGCCCCAUCUUCACCUACCUGCGGCUGCAGCUGCUGGACGUGGAGAACAACCCCUACCUGAUCAAGGCGCUGUACGGCCUGCUGAUGCUGCUGCCCCAGAGCCAGGCCUUCCAGCUGCUGUCCCACCGCCUGCGCUGCGUGCCCAACCCCGAGCUCCUGAGGACGGCGGACGACUCCGCGUCGGCGGAGCCCCGCGCGCAGCAGGUGGCUGCCCGGCGGGCCUCCCACGCGCCGAUGGACUACCGCGAGCUGCUGGAGCACUUUGACCGGGUCCAGAGCAAGCACCUGGAGGUCAGGCACCAGCGCUCGGGCCGCGCCACGACCUCUCCGACAGGAAGCUAAUGUGAUUACUAUGGCGUCUUGUAGCAAACUCUGUUACGGAUGAGCUAUGACUAAAGUAAUUGCAAGAAAUUGGUUGACUUAAGUAGAGCAGAGGUUUUUUUUUUUAAACAUGCUUCCGUGGCCAAAAUUUUUUUGCUGUAUAACUUAAAACUGACGAAAAUCAAGAAUUUAAGAAAUAGUUGUACUUUUGUAGGUGAGAACAAGCACUCGUACAUUAUGUAUUUAAACUUUAAAUGGUCAACGUGAGAAGGCACCUUAAACGUUGAUUGAUGUACGUACGCACAUAAUCGUACAAUUAUGUGUAUAUGCCUUGCAAUGUUGUGCAGUACAUUCCCGUCUCACUUUAUUAUGUUUUUUUUACGGAUUUGUGGAUUAUCUGGAAUUUUCAGCUCUGUAUAAACAACAUUUUACUUCAGCCUCUUGGCACCUGGGUAGGAAUUAAAUUGGUAUUGUAUUUGCCAACAAGAUUGACUACAUUAUUAACUUGUAUAUGAAGGAAACUUUGUGUGCACAGGAUUGCAUUGGUUUGUUGUCACAGCCAUCGGUUGCUGUUUGUCUUUAGGGAAACAAUGCCACAUGUUUUGUUGCUUUUUUGUUACACAUAAUUAUAUAUGGAACAUUUUACACAUGUCUGUCAUGUUUUUUGAGAAAGAAAAUCAUGUGCAUUAUCAUUCCUUUUCAUUAUACCCAAAUAAAUUGUAUUGUGGAAAAAUCGGAUUCCCAUUAUAACAUGAUGAAUAAAAUCUAGACCUAUAUAACAUAGUAAA